AUGUUGCCGCCAUAUUGCGUUGCUUUGCGCAGCUCUAGUAAGGGCUUUUGGGAGUGGAAGGACCGGGAGUGCGUGAGCGCCGAGCAGGGCUCUGACUUUUUGUCUUGGGACCACGAGGUCCAGAUCCCAGGCCGCAGACCGCGAUUUGAUGGGAUAUUUCGAGCGCCCUCGCCCUCUUGCUUCCCUCGUCUUCUCAUCUUUUCCCUUUCCACCCUCGUUUUGUUGGUAUUGACAGGUUAUAGUUGUUGGCUCUUAUUGUUCGGUCUCUACUCCCCCUCGUCUCCCCUUUCCGGCUCAUCCAUCAUCGCAAGUUCGCAACAGCAUCCUACUCUUGAUGAUGCUCUUGGGUUGGCUGAAGCGGGCCAAGGUUGCAACCCCCUUUUGUCCGUUGAAAUAAAAGGUGUGGCCUCGUCGUUCAGCCCAACUUUGGUGCAUCAGCAGCAGCAGCAGCAGCAGCAGCAACACGACGGAACUCAUCGAGGUUUGGACGGCACGUGGAACGGUCCGAAAGAGACGAACGAGACGACAGAGAAUAAGGAGAAGAACAUCAGUCGACUAGAUAUAUCGGCAAGCGACGGUCACGAACCUCGGAUCAUGGACGGCACAAUGAUCAGCGGACGUCAGUACUACGAGAUCCCGCCUGCGGGCCAAGCGAUCACGACUUCCUACAAAGGCAACCGGCGGUUCGAUCCCGACUACGGACUCGACUACGGGCACCACAGCUACGCUAUCGAACAGAAAGACUACCGGGCGGCCCGGGCAGUCUCUGGCAGUGGCCUUGGGCCAGCGGGUGCAAGGCAAUCGCUGUCAGCGCUGGACGACAAACGUGCCAACGAAAUUCGACAUGGCGUCUACGCACACGUUUUCCUGGAUGUCAAAAAUAGCAGCAAAUCAGAAGCUCCUUUUCAACACUAUCGACGACUGCAUUUUCCCCAUCGUUCUAUGUACACCACUGGUUCCACGUACUGGCUCCUCUACUGCGUCGUUGAUUCGCUGGCCUGUUUGUUCUACUGCUUCUUCACAUCGAUGACGCCUCGGCCCACGGCUCGCGAGUGGGAGUCGCGUCGUUCGACCGACGAAAUGGAUCCGGACCCAACGGAGGCUGCUUUAGGAAGCGUCCUCCAGACGUGGAAAUCCGAGAUCUUUUCUCUAGUGUCUAUAGCUCUUGACACCGCGGGCACGCUUCUGGCAAGACCGGCAGAUACGGAUAGGCACUCGGCCCUACUGCAGGAGAUUCCAGCCCGACUGAACAAGCCACUUCCUACGAUGCCGUCAAGUUCUUCCGAUGGGAAAUGCAUCAACGCACGAAAUGGGAGCUCGGAUUACUCUGUACCCACGACUUUCCUCUUCCACGUUUUCCCCUGCCAUGACCCCUGCAUCUCGUCUCCAGCUUCAGUUGAGCGUUGCGGAUCCCAUGAUCGAAUGAUGGUGCUUUCAUCCUUGCGUCGUUAUCAAGAUUCACCUCCCCUCCCCUUGUUUCGCGGAUUCUCAAACGCAGUUUUGGAGGCUUCAGUAGACCGCCAGGAGCUUGUCCUAAUUUCCACCAGGAACAGUGGCGCGCGUCUCUGCCAGUUGCAAAGCAAGGCAGAAUUGCGCUGCUACCCGCCAAGCGGCAACGCCACGAGACAAGUUUUGCUUCUCUGCCUCUCUCUGUCCCUCUUCGCGCCGCACGUAGUUCGCCGCCCAACAUCGCAGCCUUGGGGCGCUCCUAGUUCUAAGUCCUCGGUAGCUCGAGAUACGGCUGAUGAGUGUUUCCCCUUCGAGGCGGGCCAACAAGGGCCAAGGGUCAAGGGGGUCUUUGAGGAAGGACGACCCCCAAAUCGCUCCCUCACCCCCCCUAGACAAUGGGAUGGGCGACCACUCAUCAGACUCCAUCUGGAUAGGAUCAUCAGAGCGAGCGCCGGUCCGGGCACAGCCCACGCACCUCUCUGCCCGCGCAAGCCUCUGUCGAAUCCAGGCAACCCGAGACCUCUUCAACACAAGAGGCGAGCUUCUGCUGCACCUGCUGCUUCCAAUUACAUCCUCCAUGAUGGUAACCGUCUGAGAGUCCCUGGUCGUUUCGCUCCGCGUCCAGCUAUCUCCGCCUCCGUUUCCGUCCCGUCGUCUCCGCUCAUGACCGCCAGUCACGGACCUGCUCCGGCGUACUUCGGCGCUCCAGAAUUGUACCACCAUAAGGGUGAACAGCAACAGUCUACAAUGGCCACGAUGGCUACAACAGACCCCGCGCGCUCAAGUCCGCGCAUCGCCAGGGUGCCAUACGCCUUGCAGACGGCUCCUUUAGAUUCGAAGCUCAUUUGCGAAUCAUUACCCACCACGGCUCUCAACAGGCCAAGGAAGCUCUCUCAGGCAUCAACCAUCACCGUUACGAGUAUCAACAGCUCGAGAGAAAGCUUUGAGACACGAUCCAGAAGCUCUUCAUACGGCAGCCACAGGACAAGCAUCGAUUCGAGUCCCACUAUGUGGAGGCCCGACUACAUGUACUCGAGGCCCAGUCAGACGACUGUCUUUAGAAAAAAGGCGAAGCCUGGGGAAAUCUUUGCGAAGCUGCCCGGAGAGGUUUUGGAGCUGAUCCUGGGCGAGCUCAAAAAGCUGCAUCUCGAAAAGCCUACGGAAAGCUGCGCGACAUGUUGGAUGAGGGAUGUCUGCUCGGUUACUCUCACGGCGAGGAAAUGGUGCAAGUUUGCGCGAGUGGCAUUGUAUGAAGAUAUUCAACUCGUAGGAGCCGAUUUAGCAUCUCAAAAGAAGCGGCAUAAAGUCACGUUCGGCUCGCGCAUGAUGCUCCUUAGACGGACGCUGAGAGCGAACUCGUAUCUCGCCGGACUCGUUCACACUCUCAAGGUUCCAAGCCCCCCUACCGGGGUCUUGCUGGAGGACUAUCACGAUCAGGUUGCCGCGCUGAUCAUGGCAUGUCCUAAUUUUGAGCGCCUCAUCGGCCUUCACCCCCAUUAUAACCACUCGUACAGCAAGCUCUUGCAUGCGCUCUCGUCGCGCAAGCGCCUCAAGCACAUGGAUUGGAUCGUCGAGCCCUCACCCUUUCAGCGACAACACCGAUUCAAGUCGAGCUCGGGUAGUAAUGUCGCCGCGAUGACCCAGGCAACCUACGAUGCUUCCGUCACACCCGGUGACCUGCAACCACACCAGAGUGCGGCAUUUCUCGAUUUCCACGUCGACUGGGCCCACCUCACGACUUUGUCGAUUCACUGCCUCCCCGGCGCUACCCUUACUCCGGAUAACCUCAUCAGCUCAGCACUGAUGCACCUAACGUCUCUGCAGCACCUUUACCUAUCAUGGAUGCCGGUAACCGCCUUUAAUGACAGCACCCUGCUCUCACUCCCUCCCUUGCGUACACUUUCACUCACCCACGUACCGGGUGUCACCAGCAGCGGCAUUUCUGCUUUGGCUACCCUCCCAACGAGCCAGGCGAUCCAGAAACUGACUCUACGCCACACGAACCUCGAUUCGCUGCCCGCCUUGGCCCGCAUCUUUUCCAACUUUACUCACCUCGAGUCUUUUACCCUCGUCCAGACCUUGGCGCCCAUGCUCCCGGAGGACACAUUCAUUUGGCUCAUGCCAUACCUUGCCUCCUCGUCCCUCCGUAAGCUUCACUGGGACAUCACGAGCAACACGACCCACGCCAAUGCCGCCGACUCCAUCCUCGCCCGCAGCAUCGCCGCCGACGGGUUCCCCUCCCUACGCAGUCUCCGCAGCCCCAACGAUCCCGAGGGCAUCUUUCAAGCUCUCUGCCGGCCGCAGGAGAGGACAGACAGCGCCAGCGAUCGGUUCCGCGGUCCCAACGGACCCGCCCGGAGCUCCUCAUUCCCCACCCCCAGCACGACCCACAGCCCCGUCUCGCCGACGAAGCCGUCCCGCUCGCCUACAGCCCCGGCGUCCCCCGUCAUGAGCGACGCCCCUCGCGAAUGCACCAACCUCCACGUAGCCCGGCUCGCGGCGCAGGCUCGUCUCGAAGCCGCGCGUGCAGCGCUGCCGAGGUUCUUCUUGAACGUCAUCGAUGAGGACGGCACGGUGCUGGAGAAGUAUGGACUGGCGGCCUUCAUCGGCACGGUAGAGAGCCGCAUCACGUAUAACCUGCGUCCUGACCCGGGCGCCAAGGACGAGCGCGGCGGGCUGGUCGAGCUUGCGGAUCUGACAGCUGACAACGGCGAGGAGAUCGCCGUUGGGCGAGAAGGCUGCCAGGGACGGUGGAACGCGUCUUCGACCGUCUCAGACAAGAAGGAUCGGGAGAGGUGGUGGCACACUGAGAGAGGCCGCUGGCAACAACCGGAGCUCGCUGUAAUACCACACACAAUUCAAUAUCUACGCACGGUCGAAAUCCACAUUGAACAAGGUCGUUUUACUGAGCUGUCAAUUUUUCCAAAGAAAAUGGUUUAUGAGACAAGGCAUGAGAAGGACCAUGUGUUUUGGCCACUACGGAGCCAAACCCGCUCAGUCCAAAGAGACGCAAAGGCACAAGGCGAAGCGUUUUUGCACUGCCCCAUAAGAAAAACCACCGUGUCGCUGUUGCCUGAGCACUCUUUUUCCUUGGGUUUCGCUGCCUUCCAUACGAAAGUCAGCACGCUGGAGUUGAGGACCCAAGCGCCGAUUAAAACGUCCAAGGGGAGCCUGCCCGGUUGCAGCAGCCACCAACCCCGCCCCCACCACCACCUGCUUGACCUAAGACGACAAUUUAAUGCCUCGGAUCAAUAUCUGCGCGAAUACUUGCCUUUUUUUGAACGUAUCAACUAUCUUCUCGGGCGACGCUUGAUCUUUGCUCUGCGACUUCGACGGUUGAACACACACCCCCUGCUUCUCGGUGACCGCUUCCCGGGGGCUUGUGGUUCUACGCUCAACAUCUCGCCUCACUUUCCCGGUGACCUGGAGGCCGAGAAAGAGAUUGGGAAAAGGCCGACGGCAGUUAACAAGUCUACCACGAGGACCACCAAGACUUGUGAGAAAGACAAGGGAGCCGGAGAUUUCAAAAUGUCAAAAGACAAGACCCUCCGCAUCUUUUGCUUCGGCGACUCGCUGACGGCCGGAUACUCGUCCUACGGGGCCGUCUACCACCCCUACUCCAUCGCCCUCACAAAGCUGCUCGCAGUGUACCUGUCCGACACGCAAAUCGUGGCGACGGACAACGGCAUGCCUGGGGAUGUCGUUUCGCAGGGAGCCUUUGCGCAGCGUUUUGACAGCGAGAUGAGCCAAGCACAAUACGACUGGGCAAUCAUACUGGGAGGCACAAACGACCUUGCAUUUAACGUGCCGCCAGAUAGGAUAUUUGACUCACUCCGGGGAGUAUACGACUCCGCCAUUGCCAAGGGUAGCAAGGUUCUUGCCUUGACAGUCCCCGAAUGUGCAACCAAGAGUGAGAAGCUGGAUGCCCGCCGGCGACAGCUCAACAACGCUAUCCUCACCCAUCAAUCACCAAAUUACCACGCCUUCGAUCUUAAUCCGAGGAUCCCAUUCCACGCCCUCACCGAUCGGGAGUGCAAAAGAUACUGGGACGACGGCCUGCACCUGACACCAGCGGGCUACGACUGGAUGGGCACGCACAUCGCCGAGGCCCUCCGUGACGUUAUAGAGCUCGAGCGCAAUCCUCAAUCCAAGAGAGCGCGUAGGGCGCGGCGCAACGCUGAGGAGCAAAUCUCCUUUGACGAGGAGGACGGCGAUCCACACUCGCUCAGCGAGGGUUAUGUGGUCGUGCGGAUGAGAGACUUGAACUAG